GGCAACCCCUGAUCUCGUGCUUCCUGUCCAUUACCAUUAAGAUCCCUGAAGGAAACACAGGCCGCCGCUGAAACGGUCCGUUUGGAGAGAGCCGGUUCAGGAGUAUCUUCGGUUGAAUGAGAAGUGAAUGGAUCUCUGAUCUGUAUCAGUCUUAUAUUUAAACAGUGGUUAUUUACCGUGUGUUUUCUUUCUGUUGGAGCGGCAAUGCUGAACCUGUUCUCAGGACAGCUGGUCACCUUGUGAUCUGUGAGCCACGAGUCGCCGGCUCCCAGUAACACCAGUAACGGCCGGUUUUCUCUCCCAGUAUGGGAAUCGUUCUGAGGAACCUGCAGAACGUGGUUCCGCUCCGGCGCGCCAGACUGCGCAAAGACGUGGAGACCCUGCGGCACAUUCUGGGGGUGCAGAAGUUUGACCUGGGCAUCAUCUGUGUGGACAACCGCAAAAUACAGAACCUGAACAGGAUCUACAGGAAGAAGAACGCGCCCACCGACGUGCUGUCUUUCCCCUUUUAUGAGGACCUGCGGCCAGGGAAGAUGCCAUGCGCCCUUCACAGAGAUGAGUUUAAUCUUGGAGAUAUUUUCCUGGGAGUUGAAUAUGUGAUGCAGCAGUGUAGAGAAACAUCCUGUGAUUUUCAUGGGACACUAACAGUAGUUGCUGCACAUGGCAUCUGUCACUUAUUGGGGUACAGACAUGAGACAGAGGAGGAGUGGAAUGAGCUAUUUCAGAGAGAGAGCUACAUUUUGACUGAAUUCAACAGGCUGACUGGCAGUCAUCUUGAACCACUCACAAAAAGAUGCACACAAGACAGUUGAUGAAUCACUGGAAUAAAUGGACUUGGAACAAAAAUAAGAAUAAUAUUCAAUGUAAUUGUCAUUCACUCUACAUUUGUUUUCUAAAUAAAUUUUAUUUUAAAAAUG